UAUCAAUGGAGCCCCGGAUUCCCCACAACAUCACCGUCGUCCCCAACUCAGUGAUGGUCCAGCCCUUGCUGGACGGUCGCAUCCCCUACGGGCGGCUGCAGCACCCGCUCACCAUCCUGCCCAUUGACCAGGUGAAGACAACUCACAUCGAGAACGAUUACACCGACAACCCCACCGCUUCCCAGCUGGCAGCCCAGAAGCGUCCCCGAGGUCCCCAGGAACUGGUUUUGACCAACCAGCACCUCCAGCGCUGCGAGCAGGAUGUCACCCACCCCUGGAUCUCCUUCAGCGGGCGCCCCAGCUCCAUCAGCAGCAGCAGCAGCACAUCCUCAGACCAAAGGCUCCUGGACCACAUGGCCCCGGUGCCCGUGGCAGAGCAAUCCUCCCCCAGAGCCGUUCGCAUCCAGCCCAAGGUGAUUAACUGCAAACCCCUGGACCUGAAGGGACCCGUGUCUCCAGAACUGGACAAGCACUUUCUCCUGUGCGAAGCCUGCGGGAAGUGCAAGUGCAAGGAGUGCGCGCUGCCCCGGACUCUGCCCUCCUGCUGGGUGUGCAACCAGGAGUGCCUCUGCUCGGCGCAGAACCUGGUCAACUACUCCACCUGCAUGUGUCUCGUCAAGGGCGUCUUCUACCACUGCACCAACGAGGACGACGAGGGCACGUGUGCCGACCACCCCUGCUCCUGCUCCCACUCCAACUGCUGCGCCCGCUGGUCCUUCAUGAGUGCCCUCUCCCUGGUGCUGCCCUGCCUGCUCUGCUACCUGCCCGCCACCGGCUGCGUCAAGCUGUCCCAGCGAUGCUACGACCAAGUGAGCCGGCCGGGAUGCAGAUGUAAAAACACAAACAGUGUCAUUUGCAAGGCGCUGCCGGAGAGCAAAGCCAGCAGACCAGAAAAGCCCUUUUGAUAGUUCGGGAGGAUGGGGAGUGGGAGGACGCUCCGUGGAGGGGGGUGGCGUUGGCUUUUUUUUUUAAUAACCUGUGUUCUGAGGAUGGCAC